AUGUCAUGGUCCACAAUCUGUUUGGCCAUGGGUUGGUCAUUAACACCACAUGUGCAGGUCAUGAACUGUAUCAUGAGCAGAUCAUGGAGCAUAUACUGGCAGGACUCUGCGCAGGAGGAAGAGGCACGCUUUGCCGUGACUAUGUGCAGGAUAGUGAAUGCCGAGUUUGAGAGGAUGCCCUUGGCUGAGCUGGUGGACAUUGCGAAAGCUCAUUGCCUCGAGAUGUCUGAUGGAGACGGGCCUGAGGAGUACAGGAGUUCUGUUGUGGAGCAUUUGUUUUUUGGACACUGUUUAUCUUGGGUUGAUACACUCGUUUCUGAUGACCCUCAGGAUAGUGGUGGACGUAGGCUGAAUUUGCCCACUCCAGGUGUAUUCACUUUUGUUGUGGUUGCGAGUAGCGCUGCUCGGCUCAACAAGUUGUCAGGUGUUGGUGAUUAUCACGUGGCUAAUCCCAAGCUGUUGGCCAAACUGAAAUGGGUACUGCAUUUCACUUGUCCUCGAGGGGCUGCGGAGCUGAGAACGACAUCACGGAUGUUCAAGCCAAAGGUCAUAUACUGGGCGGUCGGUCGUCAUGGGUUCCCUUGCGGAGGAUACAGUGGGUGGUUCUUUGUGUCUAGUAUCAUUCAAGUUCCACGUCAGCAGAUGAAGAAGACCAUUCGCAAAUUGUCUGUUAUGCCACCUUGUCCUUCAUCAAGUUUUAACGUGUUCACGCCCUUCUUUGGCAUUCAAGACAAGGGGAUGUCCAUCGUUGCGAGCAGCAUCGGAUGUACGGAUGACGAGCGUAGUCACAGAUCUGUGAUUGCUUCUCGGCUCUUGGCUUCUAUCAAACCACAGGAAAUGGCAGUGUACCAGUCAAGCAUCCUGGUUAAUGUGGUUGAUUUGGAUAUAGUGGAAACAGCUGAAUGGGAUCUGUUGGUUGGUGACGAUAUUGUCAGGGCAUAUGAGGAUAUAUUUAAUACCCAUUCUGGAGGAGAAGACAGGUCGCACCCAGAUCUUGAGAUGGAACAGAGCACUCCUUGCUCCAUCCUUGUCGAGUCAGGUUGUGAUGAGCAGGAACAUCGCAACAAGGCUGGCACAUGUGUAGGAUCAGCUCAGGGCGAUCCUAUCAUGUCCUUGAUGGAUCGUGUCAUUGGGGAACCUUCUGUAUCCCCAGCAGAUGAUCCUGUCGACAGACAUAAUACUGCUUCAUGUAUGGCCGAUGGCACAGGCUUAUGCAAUAACGUCGAUACCACCACUCAGGAGGAUUCAGAGCAUGUCGUCUCAGGCACAUCGGGUGACUCGUCUAUGCCAGCGGUCAAUGAACUCAGUGUUCUGUUACUUGGUCACAUGGGUCAGGGGUCAGCUGUAUCUUUGUUUGAUUGUGAUCCAGCUCGAUUAUAUGAUAUAGCCCGAGAGCAUGGACUGUCUGUUCGUGCUAAAGAUGGUUUGGAUGCUAUCCGUUUGAUGAUUCUACGACACCUUUUGCUGGGCGAUUGCUUCCGUUGA